AUGGAAGAAAGUAAAAAAAUCAACUCGAUAUGUGAAGGAGAAACUACGAAAAAUCGAAAUAAUGAUAAGGAACUAACAGACUUAGACGAAGUUCUGAAACACGAGUUGGGUGAAUUUGGCUGUUUUCAACUGAGGAAUAUGGUGCUAGUUGCCUUACCAAUUGUUAUGUCUGCUUUUAUGAGUGAAUAUAUUUUUUCAUCGGCUGCAGUUUCACACAGAUGUCGAAUUCCAGAAUGUGGUGAAAAUAACAUGUUUUAUGAUUUAAAACCUGACUGGAUCUUAAAUGCUGUACCAGAAACCAGUGCAGGAAUUUCAAGUUGCCAAAGAUUUGAUCCUCUUAAUAUUGGCAUAAAUGGAACUCUGGACUACUGCCCUGUUAGCUUAUUCAAUAAGUCUAUUAUCGUUACCUGUGGGACAUUUGUCUAUGCCGAGGAUAAAACAGUCGUGUCUGAUUUCAAUUUGGGAUGUCAGGAAUGGAUGCGUGCAUUGCCAGGCACUUUCAACAGUAUUGGUACUUUGUUAGUGUUACCGAUCAUAGGUUAUCUAUCAGACAACUUUGGACGUAGAAUGGCACUCAUAAUAAGUGUAUUCAAUUUGGCACUUAUUGGAGUCAUAAGAGCGUUUUCAGUUAAUUACACAAUGUAUUUAAGUCUUCAGAUUCUUCAAACGACAUUAGGUGGAGGUACAUUUAGUUCAGCUUAUAUUUUUGCUGCAGAACUCGUUGGACCUAGAUAUCGUGUAGUUACAAGCGCCACUUGUUCCUCUCUGUUUGCCGUUGGACAAAUAAUACUUGGUAGUGUCGCUUGGCUGGUUACACCUUGGCGGUAUAUGAUAUUGGUUUUGCAUAUCCCAUGUUUCUUAAUAAUAAGCUAUUAUUGGAUACUCAAUGAGAGUGUUCGAUGGCUACUGUCUAAAUGUAAAUUCGAACAGGCUAGAGAAGUGUUAGAGAAAGUGGCGAAAAUAAAUAAGAAACAUAUCAGUGAAAAAUCUAUGGAAGGAUUAUUCAAUUUACCAAAAACUACAACAACAGUAAAGGAUGAUAGUCCAAGCCUUUUUAAGAAUAUAAUUCAGUCACCUAUUUUACUAAGACGAGUAUGCACGACACCAAUGUGGUGGAUAACUGCUACUUUUGUCUACUAUGGCUUAUCUAUCAACUCAACAAGCCUUGCUGGGAGUAAAUAUCUAAACUACAUACUUAUAUCGGCCAUUGAUAUUCCUGGAAAUUUUACAUCACUUCUUGUACUUGAUAAGAUUGGGAGGAAAGCUACUUUGUCAAUUGCUUUUUUCUUUAGUGCUGCGUGUAACAUCGCAUUUGUCUAUGUUCCUAAAGAUGUAUACGGGAUACGAUUGGCUGUCUUUUUGCUUGGUAAAUUUGGCGCCGCCGUAACGAUGACCUCUACAUAUCUAUUUACAUCGGAACUCUACCCUACUCAAUACCGCCAUAGUCUGCUAGGUUUUUCGUCCAUGGUGGGCAGAAUUGGUUCCAUCGCCGCACCACUGACACCUGCACUAAUGAGUUACUGGCACGGUAUCCCAUCGAUGAUGUUUGGAUGCAUGGGUAUCCUCUCUGGUAUUUUAGUACUGACGCAGCCUGAGACAUUGGGCAUGAAAAUGCCUAAUACCCUUGCAGAGGCAGAAGCACUAGGAAAAUCAAAAUCGAAGAAUAAUAAG